AUGGUAGAAACAGCCUUGGGAAAAACUGAAGAAGAAACAUCUCAAUCAACAAAAAUCCAGGAACAACAGUAUCAAUACUUCUCGCAUAAAGACACUUUAAGACUCAGGCGUAGUUUUUCUGAGGAGGCUGUCCACGACACAAGGAAAGAGAGAGGGCUUUGGUCAUGUUCUAGUCAUUCUUCUGAAGAUCUGCUUUACUGUCAGUGCUUUAAGGAAAAAAGCCGGCAUCACCAGGAACUUCACACGCAACUUCAAUCGAGGGCUAGCUCAGGAUUCUGUGACAGUGACUUUGGGGAUGGUUUUACCCCUGGUGAUGAUACUGUCAGCUCUCUCUCCACCUCCAUGGCCUCCUUGAGGUCCAAGUAUUCCUCAGGAGAACUGGAAUAUUUCAUGGGCGAAACAACUCCAAGGAAUCUACCCAUUAUAUUCCAGAACAACAAGCAGCACAGGAGACGAAGUCAGGCUGAUCUUCAAUCCCAUUUCUCAGAUGAGGUGAUUCCUGAAGAUGGUUUUCUGUCUGUGGCGUAUCUGUAUCCUGACUCACACUGGCCUGUUGUUUCAGAAAUACUUCAGUCUAAAGUGGUCUUGCAACCCACUUACCGUACUGAUCUUCCAGGUCACCAAGGCAUGGAAGUGUACCGCUACCCGAGCCCAUUGCAUGCCGUGGCCCUGCAAAGCCCACUGUACGCUCCUCACAGCCCCCAGAACAACAGGAAAAAGAAUGAAAGGCAUUUUUCACGAAGGAGGAUUGAAUGGGAGUCGUCCUGGUAUGGACUCCAUUCAAGAAUCCUGCGCACCAAACCUGUGGAUUCCAUGCAGGAGGGAUCUGAUGACCUGCAUGGCACUAAACUUGCCCGGGUGCUCUCUACGGUGGAUCUGGUGUCACUAGGGGUUGGCAGCUGUGUUGGUACCGGCAUGUAUGUGGUUGCUGGGCUUGUUGCCAAGGAAAUGGCAGGACCUGGCGUGAUCUUGUCCUUCAUUAUUGCAGCUGUGGCAUCAAUUCUGUCAGGGGUCUGUUAUGCUGAGUUUGGUGUCAGGGUGCCCAAAACAACAGGCUCCGCCUACACCUACAGUUAUGUCACUGUAGGAGAAUUUGUGGCCUUUUUCAUUGGUUGGAACCUCCUUCUGGAGUAUCUGAUUGGUACAGCAGCAGGUGCCAGUGCGCUCAGCAGCAUGUUUGAUUCUUUAGCCAAUAACACCAUCAGCCGCUACAUGAUCAACCAUCUUGGAACGUUGAAUGGUCUGGGUAAGGGAGAGGAAUCUUAUCCAGACCUGCUGGCUUUGCUCAUCGCCAUGUUGGUGACAGUGAUUGUGUGUUUAGGGGUGAAAAACUCAGUGAGCUUUAACAAUGUGCUCAAUGUGAUGAACCUGAUCGUGUGGAUCUUCAUGGUCAUUGCCGGCCUGUUCUUCCUCGGUGGAGCCAACUGGGAAGGUGGCAGGUUUCUGCCCUAUGGCUGGUCAGGGGUCAUGCAAGGAGCUGCAACCUGUUUCUAUGCCUUCAUUGGAUUUGACAUUAUUGCCACAACAGGCGAAGAAGCCAAGAGCCCAAACACGUCCAUUCCAUACGCAAUAACAGCCUCUCUGAUCACCUGCCUCACAGCAUAUGUCUCCGUUAGUAUUAUUUUGACAUUGAUGGUGCCAUACAACCUGAUUGAUGGAGAUGCUCCACUUAUGGAGAUGUUUGCGGUUCAUGGCUUCCUAGCGGGCAAGUAUAUUGUAGCAGUGGGAUCUGUUGCAGGCCUCACUGUCAGCCUUCUAGGAUCUCUCUUUCCUAUGCCCAGAGUCAUCUAUGCCAUGGCAGGCGAUGGUCUGCUCUUCAGGUUCCUGUCCUUUGUGAGUCCCCACACAGAGACCCCCAUGGUAGCCUGUGUCAUAUCGGGGUCUCUGGCUGCUCUGUUGGCUCUUCUGGUGAGUCUGAGGGACCUGAUUGAGAUGAUGUCAAUCGGCACGCUGCUGGCCUACACGCUGGUUUCGGUGUGCGUGUUGCUUCUGCGGUAUCAGCCCGAUAGGGAUGGCUUCACCAGUUUCCUUACCGAGGAGGAAGAGGAGGAACGGAAAAGGAAGGAGGAGAUGAUGGUAGCCAGUGAGAAAGACAUGCAUAUUAAUUCUGGUGGUGAGGACUUCAGCGACAACACCUGUGGGGCUAAGAACCUCCCAUCAAAGGGCGAUGAUGAAACGCUGAUUGGAAAGUCGAAUUCAGGGGGAUACCAGUCAGAAAACUCCGGCUAUGGAGUAGGAGAGAACGAAACGGAGGCGGAAGGAUCUGAUAGCGCCCUGGUUGGCGUCUUAAAAUGUGUUCUGGGCUCUCACUAUUACACCCUACGGGUGCGUCUGGGCUUGCCGAACUCGGGUGAUAGGCCGACACCUGCGACAGGACGCACCGUCACUUCCUGUACUCUCCUUUUCUUUGUCUUAACUUUCUUUCUGUGGAUCCUUGUCAUCUACGGCUUUGAACGGGUCUCAGGAGGGGCUCGCUGGGCAAUAAUGCCUUUUAUAAUGACUUUAAUUGCCCUGAUGGUAACUCUGGUUAUUAUUAUUCUUCGUCAGCCGGAGAACCCCAAAAAGCUGCCUUACAUGGCGCCCUGCGUGCCUUUCGUGCCAGUAGCGGCAAUGCUGGUGAACAUCUACCUCAUGCUCAAGCUAUCCAGCAUCACCUGGGUGCGCUUUGUAGUGUGGUGCUUCCUAGGUGUGCUGAUCUACUUUAGUUACGGCAUGUGGAACAGCUCCCUGGAACUCAGCGCCAGAGAAGAAGCGGCCCACGCCAGCUCUUACCAGAGGUAUGACACAGAGGUGGACGACAGCUUUAAUGUGGACGAUGACGUUCAUCCUCAGGAGGAUGAACAGGAAGGACAGUACCAGGGCUGGGCAGCUGAGGAGAUGGACUCUCAGUACCAAAACCAAUAUCAGUAUCAAGACCAAAGAUCCUCGUCCAACAAUUCCAGAAGCAAAGGCAGGACCAACAGAGGCUUUGAGGAACUGGUCAAUGAAGAAUAUUCACCUGAGUGAGCAUUACAGACAAAACAGCACUCUGUAUUAUAGACAAACUUAAAGAGGAUGGAUUUGGGUGACCAUGAUUUAGAUUUUGACAUCCUUGUUGGUCCUGUUACAAUCUUACCGACCAAUCAGAUUUCAGGGCAUUUUUAGAAUUGGGAAUUAGAAUUGGCAAUUCACGGUCAUGCUUCCUAGCUAGAAAGAUAAGAUAAUUGAUUUAAUGUUGAAUCAAUGUUGAGAAUAUGCAAUUUCACGUUGAUCUAACAAUAAAUAAAUUAUCUGGGUGGCUAUUAAUAAAAUCUUUGAGUGUUGCUUUUUUCUUUGUGAACAUUAGAAAAUAAUUAUUUAUAAGCAGGAACCAGUUUGGUUUUUAUUAACAGUGCCUUUAAAUAACCCCAUUAUAUAUUAAUAUGAAUAAUAAAUAUAAACUUAUAUACUCAUUAGAAUACAUACCGAAAUAGUAUGAUGUGAGCUAAUGUCUCAGUUUUGGUUUCCAAUGAUGGGCUUUCAUCAAUGUUUAUGAAAUACAAUAUUCACUUACUGCUGUUUCAUUACAUUACUUGGCUGUAUGUUGCUAGUUUUAGAACUUAAACCCUUUACAAAACAUACUUUCCUUUAUAAAAAACUCAGUGAUCAUGAAUUGAAACCUUCUCUAAAGAUAUAUUGAGUGGACUUUUAACCUCACACCAUAUUCACAGCUGUAACUGAUCUAACAUCUCAAGCUCUCUCUUGAAUUCUGGGGGAAAUAUUAUGAUUGGCUCCCUGUGAAAGCUUAAUAGUUCUCAAAAUAUUUUGGGACAUUGAUAUCAAAUUCUUUCUAUGUUUUUUAGUGGAAAUGUGUUACAUCUUGUGGUUUUCCUCUUGUAUAAGUUUGCAUGAGUAUAUUUACAUUUCUUCCUUACAGCUACGUGAGUAAAAUCCCUUCUGAUUCACAACACAUGUAAAUACA